AUGGAGAGGAGAUUAGCGGAAGCAGCUUUCGGAGGAGAUCUAGAGGAGCUACAGAAGAUCAUGGUUGAGGAUCCUCUGAUUCUCGACAAAAUCAUCGCUUCCUGCGCCGACGAGACGCCGCUCCACACGGCCGCCAUGCUCGGCCACCUCAGCUUCGUCGCAGAGCUGCUGAGUCGGAGGCCUGAGCUGGCCGCCGAGUGUGACUCACGCGGCCUCUCGCCGCUGCACCUGGCCGCGGCGAAGGGGCACGCGGAGGUCGUUCGGGAGCUGCUUCUCGUGAAUAGUGACGUGGCAUCGGUGCGGGAUUCGGACGGAAGGACGGCCCUCCACGUGGCAGCAGUCAAGGGGCGGGAGGGUGCGUUGGCUGAGUUGGUCGCACUCGCUCCGGGUCUGACUCGAGUGCUCACCGGCCGAGGCGAGACCGGUUUGCACCUCUGUGUCAAGUGGAAUCGCUUCGAGGCGGCCAAAUUGCUGGCUGAUGAUGAUUUCUUGCUGAAUUUCAAGGAUUAUGAUGGCAAUACUGCUUUGCAUAUUGCUGUUGUCAAGAAGCAAUUUCAGAUGAUCAAAUAUCUGAUUCAACUAGACCAAGUAGAAGUGAAUGCCUUGAACAAGAAUCAACUGACAGCAUUGGAUCUACUGAGACAAAGUCCUCGAGACACGAGAGAUAUGGAAAUCGAGCACGCCCUUCUAAGCUCGGGUGCUUUGUCUGCUAAGGAUAUGGACUUGAUCACCGAUGAAGGAAAAUCUCAUCAGAGGCUCUCCUCUCUGCAGAGCCGCAAGCCCACGGACUGGCUGGGGAGGAGGAAGAGUGCGCUGAUGGUGGUGGCGUCGCUGAUCGCCACAGUGGCCUUCCAGGCAGGGCUGACCCCACCCGGAGGCGUCUGGGAGGACGACUACUAUGUGGACGAGAACGGGCAAGCUGUGAGCGACCCUCACUCCGCAGGCCACUCUGUGAUGGCAUACCAAGAGCCUGGUGUGUACGGCGCUUUCAUGAUCCUCAACACCGUCGCCUUCCUUGCAUCACUGAGCAUAAUUCUUCUGCUGGUGAGUGGGUUGCCACUCAACCGGAGGAAGUGGAUGUGGCUGCAGAUGGUGAUUAUGUGGGUGGCCAUCAGCACUCAGGUGGCCACCUACUUUGUCACGCUCAGGCACAUCUCGCCUCGUGACAUGGCAGGGACACUCCGCGAAGUCACUGAGAUAUCAGUGCUAACAUGGCUUACACUCAUCGUCGUUGUGUUCGUCGGGAAUGUGUUGCGCCUGAAUUUGUGGGUUCUGAGGAAGUAUGGAUUGAUAAAAGGGAAAGAGAGGGACUCACAAGGCAUUGAUGAUGAUCAAGAAGAUGUACUUGAAUAGAAUUUAUGUAACCAAAGAUUUUCUUUUUUAUCCUUACUUCAAGUGAUAUACUACUAAUAUACUCCAUGUUACAAAGGAACAAAGAAGAUUGCAUAUUGUCAUCA